GCUGAAAGCAAACAGUUUGCUGUGCAUUAAAAAUCCCAUUCACGAGCGUUGACUGACAGUGCAUUUCAGAUGGACCGAAGGUAAGGAGUGACUUUGAGACAAAGAAAGCGAAGCGGGUGGGGGUUGAGGGGGCAGCAAGUUGAAACCUAAGCUCUCUGAACCCUGUUUUCCCUGCCUUCGGGCAUUCUGUGGCUGGUAAAAAUAUGUGCUGUAUAUUUGAAGUGUUAUAUCACGUGACAAAGGCAGGGUUUGUGAAUCAAAGUACACAACGAUUUCAAGAGGAGGGAAAAAGACAGAGGGAAAGAGAAAGAGGGUGUACGCUGGUGAGAAGACGACGACGACGAGAGAGACGGGAAAAGCAGAGAGGGAGGUGGAAUGCAACAGGCUGAGGUCUGUUGUCGCUGUGAGACGGACUUCUGACUGACAAACGCGACCACAGCGCUACGUUUCAAACUCCCUUCUACACUGACUCUCUGAGGCAUUCACAUCCAACAUCUGCGUUCGGACCUGAAAAGGACUUUCCUGCCCGCCUCCCUCCUCAGCGUCACCGCGGCCGGACAGAAGAGCAGCCAGCAGCUGAGUGGAGCUGAAUGGCACUACCUCGAUUCAAACUCACCAUACGUCCCUGACAAAGAAGCGAAAGAGGAAGACAAAGGAAAAAAAAAACAACAACAAGAUGAAUAAGCAGCCACACUUUUUCACAAUGGCAACAAACAGAGAGCACCAAAUGCGUCACAUGACGGGAUUCUCUCGUGCCAUGUACCCCUUCACCUUUAACUCCAUGAGGGGUCACUCACCCUUUGACCUGCUGGCCAGCAGUCACCUGUUUGGACGUUUCGGAGCGGACCUUCCCAAAGAGAUGGCUGCGUUGUCGGUGGAGACGCAGAGCACCAGUUCAGAGGAGAUGGUGCCCAGCUCCCCUUCCCCUCCUCCUCCUCCGCGGGUCUACAAGCCGUGCUUUGUGUGCCAGGACAAGUCAUCUGGUUAUCACUACGGAGUGAGCUCCUGUGAGGGCUGCAAGGGAUUUUUCCGCCGGAGCAUCCAGAAGAACAUGGUGUACACCUGCCACCGAGACAAGAACUGUCAGAUUAACAAAGUGACCCGGAACCGCUGCCAAUACUGUCGUUUGCAGAAGUGCUUUGAGGUCGGCAUGUCCAAAGAAGCCGUGCGCAACGACAGGAACAAGAAGAAGAAGGACGUGAAGGAGGAGGUGGUGCUGCCCGAGAACUACGAGCUCAGCGGAGAACUGGAGGAGCUUGUGAACAAAGUCAGCAAAGCUCACCAAGAGACAUUCCCGUCUCUGUGCCAGCUGGGAAAAUACACCACAAACUCCAGCGCUGACCACAGAGUGCAACUGGACCUGGGCCUGUGGGAUAAGUUCAGUGAGCUUUCCACUAAGUGCAUUAUAAAGAUUGUGGAGUUUGCCAAGCGACUACCAGGCUUCACUACGCUCACCAUCGCUGACCAGAUCACCCUCCUCAAAUCUGCAUGCCUGGACAUCCUGAUGCUGAGGAUAUGCACCCGCUACACUCCAGAGCAGGACACAAUGACGUUCUCAGACGGCCUGACUCUCAACAGAACCCAGAUGCACAACGCCGGCUUUGGGCCGCUCACAGACCUGGUGUUUGCCUUCGCCGGUCAGCUCCUGCCUCUGGAGAUGGACGACACAGAGACGGGGCUCUUAAGUGCAAUCUGUCUCAUUUGUGGAGACCGCAUGGACUUGGAAGAGCCGGAAAAGGUCGACAAACUCCAGGAGCCGCUGCUGGAGGCUCUAAAGAUCUACACUCGCCGCAGACGCCCGAACAAGCCUCACAUGUUCCCUCGCAUGCUGAUGAAAGUCACAGACCUGCGAGGAAUCAGCACCAAAGGUGCAGAGCGAGCCAUCACCCUCAAGACGGAGAUCCCGGGCCCCAUGCCGCCUCUGAUCAGGGAGAUGCUGGAGAACCCGGACGCCUUCGAGGACAGCAGCGACUCCAGCGACAGCGCCUCGGCCCCUCCCCCGGCCAUCCAGGCCAUCAAGCAGGAGGAGAAGUCCACGUACGAGUCGGCCUUCGAAGAGGAGGAGGAGGAGGAAGAGGACGACUACUGGGACGAGGAGAGGGAGUGGGGGGCGGACAGCGACGGCGAGCCGUGGGGGGAGGCGGCACAGAAGAAGGCCGUGGCGGGAAAGACGCAGUGAGAGAGGAAGGCUGCUUCCUGUCUGAGAGACCGCUGAGCCGCACAGAGCAACACCUCCUCACAGAUUUAGGCUCGUUAAUGACAUUAUGAUAAACUGUACAUACUGACUUCAAGGAAACUGUUUUCAAUUCAGAAUAGGAAGCAACUAAACAAAGAGAAAAAGCACUACAUUUCAGUGGAUGAAUGAGGGCACCAUUAAAAUAUCGAUGUGACUUUGCAAAAAUGUUUCUGAGUUCAACACGGAGCAGCAAGGAUUGCUGGGAGGAAGAAAAGGAGCUCCUCUUCUGUCUCUUAAGGGCUACGCUCUGUAUAAAAUGGUUGAUUGCAGCAGCUGAGCUCUACAAGGUGUUCAUGUGCCACGAAUGUCUUCUCAGAGUUACUUCUCAGAGAUUAUGCAACUUAUUUUUUUCUGUGUACGUCCUUUUCCUGAGCAUGUUACCUUUACGUCUGUUUGCCUCUUCUUUUGUUUGGUAUAUUUUUUACUCUCAUUCGACUCGAUGCGUGUGAAGUUUGAACUUUAACCCUUUUCAUUUCUGCUUUAUUGGACAAGAGCAUUUAAAAGUGUGAUAGAGAGACAAGAGAGUCAUGAGCAGGACUCAAACUCAGAGAAAUCGCAAUAAGUUUUCAGUCUUGAAAUUAUUUGAGAGGAUGAUAGGAAAGCUGGUGUUUUAACUUUGGUGCCAAAUAGGAAAAAAAUGCAAACACAAGACAUAUCUCUCAUCCUUUUAAUAAAUCUAUAUUAAUAUUUCUGACCCCCCAUUAAAAUCUUUAAAUCUUCAGAGGGGUCAUCCUUCACUCUCAGGUUGAUUCUGUCUCACCUUUCUGUGUAACAGUUUCUGCAAAACUAAAAAUCCUAGUCACACAAAGUCAAGAAAGACCUUCUGAUAUUGCAAGUAAAGAUAUCUAAACAGAUAUUAAAAUAAAUAUACUCAGGAGGGUGUGUGUGUGAGGGGGGCGCGUGCGUGUGUGUGUGUGCGCGUGUAGGUGUGUGUGUGCCAUUUUCAACAAUUUAAGCUCGAAAGCGCAGAUGAGAUAAAGAAACAAAGAUUUUAAAAUAAUGCCAAAAAUAGUAGCUUUCCAUAUUUACACAAAUUCCAUGUUUAAAGCCACAUUUAUAAACUAUUAAAAAUAAAUUUAAUGGAUGAAACUCUCAAAAAAAUGCAUUUUAAAUUGAAUAUGCAGUAUCAUCGGCUUACGCUGAACACACUGGAUGCAUGCAGAGCCGGUCCAAAGUUGUCCAAAGUGGGCUUUGAUCUGGAGAGCCAUCACUGACCCGCUUAAACUUAGGAUGUUUUAAAUCUAUAAAUUAAUAAACUAAUAAAGCUACAUUUUAAAUAUAAAGGACUUUCAUUUUAAAUUUGAUGUCCAGAAGCCUUUAGAGAAAUUUUAAAGCAGGUUGAUUGUUGAUAAAUAUGUCAUUUUGAAAUCAACUCAGAAUUGGGAAAGUCAACAGUUUUGGGUUGUUUAUCUAAAAUAUUUUAAAAGUCACAGAUAUAAAAUAUCUAUUAGUACUUCUGACAAUUUGCAUCUAAGUAAACCAGUAUCGUACACAAUGUUGUACAAACUAUCAUGUGUUACUUUAGUGUUUAAUGUAUAAAAUAGAGAAAAUGCAUUGUAUUAAUAGUAGUUAGCUGAUCCCACAGAUCAGAUUGCGACUGGAGCGUGUUCAACUUCGGGGUCAAAUCGUUCCAAAGUUUGACAUCAGAGACGAAUUAAAUGUCCCAUGAGUUUGCCUAUACCUUGGGCCGGCUCUGGUUACAAGUCAGAAAACAUUACUGAAGAAGUUAUUUAGAGUUAAAAGCCUCAUCUCAAAGAUGAAUUAAUUGGAACGAUUGUUAAUUGAUCAAAAAUGAUCAUCCAGCAUCAGCAGUAAACGGGUGUCCUCCUGAAGCACAAGGUGAUAUUUUAGUGAGAUAAAAUAUUACAGUUCUUUGCUAACAGAAUAAAAACUGAUCAAAUGAAAGACUUGUGUUGAGGACCAAAAGGAUUGAAGUCUUCCAUAUUAAAAACAAAGUAUUUAGAAUCAGAUUAAAAGCCAUCAAAAAGGCAAAACUAAAGUUGUCAGGAUUUUCACUAAGCUGUAUUUGUUCUUAUUGGAUCUAAACGUUGCUCACUCACACACACGCACACACACACACACACACACACACCCACACAUUGUAACAUAGUAAUUGCAUAGCACCAGCCAAAAUUACACUUCUUAUGAUCUCUUCAGAUCAUAUAAUGCUUAUUAAUUUCAAAGUAAAUGCUUUGUUUCUGAUGUUAUUAAUUAUCUUGAAUUUGAGCCGGUGCAAUAAAUUAACCACAGAGGUUGUCGCCAAACUCUCAAGCCAGCAAUAUGAUAAGCAUAAAUAUGUAACAAUAAAAGACCAAAGACAGAUAAGUCACUUUGUGUUGGGCAAGAUUUUACUUUUUGUUUUUUUAAAUAAUGAAGCUGGAUAAAUCUCAUCUCUCUAACAUUUUGUUGUUGCUGAUAAAUGUCUUUAAUAUUUGAUUCCAGGCAUGUUGUCUACGUGUUCAGGGAGCGACAUUCAUCUUGUGUCUUCUUACAUCUGAGAAACCAAAUUAGCUUUGAUGUCUCUUGACUAUUGCACACAGCUACAAACAAAUUCAAAAACUGUGUUGAAAUGCUCCGGUUACAUUUCUACGAGAGGCUGAAACUAUGUUUGCUUUUUUUUAUGCUUACUAUUAAAUGUUUUAUGACGUUUCUUGUAUUUUGAUAAAAGCAUUUUUUUUGUUCUCAGACAUUAUAGUGUCCAGUUGUCUCAACUUUUUUUAUUUUUUUUUUUUCCACCAAACAUUUACAGACAUGGACACAUUUGUGGGAACCACUGGAAAAGAUGCUUAAAAAUUGAUUUCAUUUUAUUUACUUUUAUUGCAGUAACAUAAUCUUGCCCUAAAGUAAUAAUUUGAGGACAUUUUUACAGGGGUUAAAAAUUGCUGCUUGUAUCUAGUUGUUGAUUUCUAUUAAUUCAAUUAAAAUAAACAAAUGGGUUAUUUGGGGGGAAUGGGGUUAGCAGGACACUGAUUCAAAACAUAAUUAACAGAAAUUAUUCAUCUUUCUUCCAUGUCCAUCUCAGUCUCCAGACCUGAAUCCUUUAGAAAAGCUGAAAAGAAGAAAGCGAAACACAGGAACCAGGACUAUGGACUAAAGCAGAGGUCAGCAAUCCGCGGCUCCAGACCCACAAGUGGCUCCUAAGAGCCUCCAUAGUGGCUCUAACUAAGCCACUUCAGCCGAAAAAUCAAAAAAAGGAGCAAUUUUUACAAAAUACAGAUAAUUAAGGCUAGUUGCUUUUACAGUUUUUCAAAAAGAACAAUAAAAAAAAAUAAAGCUAAGUUCAUUAUUUUUACAGUUUUUUAUGAAGAGCUAUUUGAAAUAAAAUAAAGGUAAUUAAAGUUAACUGUUUUUGCAGUAUUUCAAAAAGAGCAGUUUUUAAGCAAUGUUGCUAAUUAAGUUUAAUUGUUUUUGCCAUUUUCUUUCAAAAAGAGGAAUUUUUUAACAAUAAGCUUAUUAACUGUUAACUGUUUUUACAGUUUUUAGGUGAUUUUUAUACAGUAUUUCUAUAAAAUGAAAAAUAAAUGUGCCAGCCUGGCCAACUGUUAGAAGUGAUGUUCUCUCUGUAAAUUGAGUUCACCACAAAGGAGGCGAUAUAUGUGUUUUUAAUGAUUUUGGUAAAAAGAAGAAAAAGAUAAAUAUAUAUACUUUACAUGAUUUUUCAUACUAGCUUUAACUCCAGUCAAGUGAAGACCUCCAUCAUGCAGAUGUCUGUGUAUCAUUUUAAAGAUCGGGAUCUUUUUUCCUGUCAGUAUCAUGUCAACAAAGCACAGAAACCGAACAACACUUGCUAGCAUUUUACUGAGAACCCUGAACGUAGUUUCCCAACUCUGCGGCGCUGCAGACAGGCAUUCACGUUCCUCCAGCCUGACUCGGUGCUUGAAAAGCUGAAACAGACCAUUUCACACUUGGCCGUGAUCGCACGCCCACACAUUUGACACGGUUUUAGGAGUCAUGCUCUCAUGCAAAAACCCAGGAGCCAAAAUAGCACCAGAACAACACGUAGAGUAUGACAGUCAGGCCAACAGCAUAUUUCUCACAACAUUUGCCACAUAUUCACAUUACAACAAGUUCCAGGUUAAAGGCUGGAACUCAAAGGACUGAAUUACAAGUACUAAAAUCCAUGUAACCUGAGUCGAGAUUCGCAAAUAACACGAGAAAUAUUUCCUAUGACAUGAUUGACCACUCAGG